UUUACUGUAUUUUGAUCCUUCCUUCAUGAUUCACCAUCAGCCCUCAUCAUCGUCCUAAAUCUACGUUUUUAUUAAAUCGUGAGAGAUAAAGUCCGUAAAAGUAACACUUUUCGUGACAUACGUUCUAUUUCAAGAUGUUUUCAGGCGUCCCAGUAACUCAGGGCUCAUCAUCGGCAUCCAGUCAUCGUCCAGAACUAUAUGAGGAGGUGAAACUUUACAGAAAUGUGCGAGAAAGGGAAAAAUACGAUAAUAUGGCUGAACUGUUUGCAGUAAUCAACUCCUUGGAAUGGCUGGAGAAAGCAUACAUCCGAGAUGCAGUCCCUGCAAAAGAAUACACAGGUUCAUGUUCCAAGCUUCUGAUGCAGUACAAGGCAUCUUUCAGACAUGUCAAGGGGGAGUUCACAUCAGUGGAAGACUUCAUGAAGAAGUACAGAAUGAAUUGUCCAGCAGCAAUGGAGAGGAUAAAGGAAGACCGUCCAAUCACAAUCAAGAAAGACGACGGGAACACCAGCGAAUGCAUUGCGCAGAUUGUAUCGUUAUUCAUCACAGUGAUGGACAAGCUUCGGCUAGACAUGAAGGCAGUGGAUGAGGUCGAACCAGAGGUCCGGGAGCUCAGUGAGACCAUGAGUAGGAUGGGGACUCUACCGGCUGGAUAUGAUGGCAAGGAACGCAUCAAUAAAUGGUUGACGACAAUGAGUUCCAUGAGGGCAGCAGACGAACUCUCCGAAGAACAGAUCAGGCAACUCCUCUACGACCUGGACUCGGCGUACAACAGCUUCAUGAGAACACUGAGUGGUGGAUCACAAUAACUAAAGGCAAGAUGACUUCCGCUGUA